UCCUACUUUAUCUGAUCUCAGAAUGUGCCGCUAUGUGGCACCACCGUAUAGUCUCGCGAUGACAAGUCUAGCGUUCCUUCCGAUUUAUUUUCGCCAUUUUUUGUAGUUAAUAUCGUCACCACGACUUGAAAUGAUCGGCGAUUUCGACGACGACACGCACUUCUGCCUAAAAUGCCACUCCACCAUCAUAGGACUCGACAAUUACGUCAACCAUCGAAAAACAGGAUGUCCCAAAAACGUCGUGGACCUACCAAAAUCACCACUACCCAGCCAACUCCUACCACCCGACGAUUCCUUCAAUUUAAAAGCGGACGAUUUCUUUUCGUCCCUAGAGCUGCAAAGUAGCACCAAAAAACUAACACCGUCAAGCACCGGCAAAAACUUUAGUGGGAUUUUAACCCGAAGUAAAACCACAGCAGUAAUCCAAGCAUCGACUUCGCAAAAGGAAACCCAAGAGAUUCCCCAAUCCAAGUCGGGCAAAAAUGUCUGGAUUGGGGGACACCAACUAAAACUAGGUUACGGUGACAACCAAUCAAAAUUGAUCAAAGCUGUCGAUAACCUAGAAAGACGUAAGGAAGACCCCCCGAAAAUAAGCGUUUACGAAGACAGUGACGUCGAAUCUGAAGAUUAUGACUACGAUGUGGACGAAUCUUCAGACGAAGAUAAUCAUGAUGCGCCCCCUAGAAACCACACCGGGGGCAAAUGGAAACCUUCGUCCCCAAUUCAGUGGCAGAGGCCCCAAGAAUGGAGCGUCCCCCCUCCCACUUACACGGGGGGCAAGUGGAAACCGCCACUAAAACGAAACUCGCCACCCCCUUCGCACACCAAGGGCAAAUGGAAGCCGUCAUACCCCCUCUCACCGAAGGAGACUUACGACUUUCCUCCCCCAAGCUUCACUGGGAGUAAAUGGAGCCAGUCUAAGGCCAGGCAAGACUUUACUGCACCUCCUUCAAACCACACGAAGGGAAAGUGGAAACCUGACGAUGAGCCCAAAAUUGAGACUCUCAAAACUAAGGGCAAGGCCAAGAAAGAGACUGAGAUUCUUCCGCCCACUUACACCAGCGGCAAAUGGAAGCCGUCAACUAUCACAGAACCUUCCCCCAGCUAUACUAAGGGGAAGUGGAUCCCUCCUGACGAAACUAAGAAAAGUCCGACUAAAAUAACCGAUGAUUCGCCUUUUCGCAAGUCGAGUGGUACGGUACAGUACUGGUGCCGGCCUUGCAAUCGCAGAUUGGCGUCAAAAAUUGUGUACGAGAGGCACUUAAAAUCGGAAUUGCACUUUAAAAGGACUCUCCACGAUAAGGAUUUUGACGAUAACGUCGGAAUGAUUGAAAAACGCGUCAAAAAGAAAACAGAAAGUGAGCCAAACCCUGCUGCCAAAAAACGCAAACGCAAGAAAAUUUUCAUCAAGUGCGAGGUGUGUAACUCCAAAGUUAACACACUCCUGAUGGGGAAACACCUGAUUUCGCACUACCACUGCCGCAAAGGUGAUAUUACAACUCCAGUGGCGCAAGCCAUGAUUCUUGACAACAUCUCCGCCAUAAUUCUCCAAAGUCCCUACCAGUGUGGCCUUUGCAAAUUUUACUUCAACCACCAUAAGGAUUUCCUGGAGCACUGGCUCUCGGAGUAUCACUGGGUGAGGGCCGACUCUGGCAGCGGCUAUUUCUGGUGUUCGUUUUGCAAAUUCAAGGAUGCAAAUAGUGCGACAAUGUAUGCGCACCUCAUCUCAGAGGAGCACGAGGUUGUGGUGUCGGUCAUAAACAGAUCAGUGCCCAUAAUUGUGAAAAAGGUCAAUCCGGUGAAAUGCGAGGAGUGCAACGAGGAGUUUUUACUAAACGUUGCUUUAAUGAAACACUGCCAGAGAGAGGGACACACUUCGCAAAAUUUGACCCGAGUCAUGAAUAAUUUUAACUGUUUAAAGUGCCAACAAGUGUUCCGGUCAAAUAUUCUGUUGAAAAGGCACAAACGGGUUGUGCACGGCGACCAUGUUUUUGUCUGUACGAUUUGCAACAAGAACUUUACCAGGAAAGAAGAUGCAAAAAUGCAUAGGAAUACGAGUGAACAUAGAUAUAAAGUUUUAAAUAGGAAAAAGGGCCAACAACGGAAAUGUGACUACUGUAACGAAAUUUUUGCCAGUUUGGGCGACUUCAAGCAACAUCUCGGUGACAAGCAUAAGGAAUUUAGCCCCAGAUGUAGCCAGUGUGGGGCCACUUUCACUUUACCUCAAGAACUUACUGUUCAUUUACGGACCAAAUCAUGCGCUUAUAAGGAAAAUUUUGACAGUGCUAAUUCUUGUGAUAAGUGCACUUUUUCGUCAAGUUCCACAUCCGAGCUACUUUUCCACAAGGUUCUUCAUAGCGAGCCGGCUUUAAUGGUGAUGGCAUCGGACCCAAAAAAGAAGCCAUUGGCACAGUACAAGUGCCCACUUUGUGACAGAUUGUUCGUAAAAGCUUCGCUACAGCCCCACUUAAGACUACAUACGAAGGAACGGCCCUUUGUAUGCUCGAUUUGUUCGAAAGGGUUCGUCAGGAAGAACAAUUGGAUGCUGCAUGUGAGAAAUCACGAAAGGAAGGGCGUAAAGAAGUUGCAGGAGGAGAAGAAGCGGGAAGUGUCAGGCGAUCGCCCUUUUUUGUGCUCGACCUGUGGAGCCAGCUUCAGGAAAAAAUCGAUCCUGCAACAGCACAUGACCACACAUUCGGGCAAAUUAUGCAAAUGCCCGAAAUCGGGCUGUAUUUUCGCCGCCCGCAGCAUGGGCGAGUUGAAGCAGCAUUUCCGGACGCAUUCCGACGUGAAAAGCUUCUCUUGCAGCAUUUGCGACUACCGCGGAAAGACCAAACAGCAGUUAAAACACCACUUGACCGUCCACAGUGGGACGAAGAAGUAUGCUUGCACCAAGUGCUCGUUCUCGGCGAGGACGAUGUCUCAUUUGAAGAGACAUAUCCGCCUACACACCGGCUCCAAGCCCUACAGUUGCCCCCACUGCGCCUACAAAUGCAACACUUUGGAAAAUCUGAGAAAACAUGUACUGUUGACCAAUAAACACCGAGGGAAGUGUAUUUACGAAUGCAAGUUCUGUGCAGAGUCGCCCUUCCAAAGCAACUUUGCCAAAGAAUUUAAGGUUCAUCUUGUUACCGAGCAUUCAGCAAUGUUUAAAAGUGGACGGGAAGCUGCUACCUUUGUUGCAGGAAUUUAUGACGAGCAGAACGAUUGCACCGAAUUUAAUCCUGCAAGCUCCGAGGACGACGAAUCGAAGCCUACAAGUGCAAAAGACCGGUCGGCUCCGCCGAAGGUGAUAAUCCUGCAGCACUUGAAGAGCGAGGUGGACAAAGAUCCCGUGGUGGCUUCGAGCAGUAAAGACACGGGUGAAGAAGGCAAUCCUGACGAGAUGUUGCCGAUGUUUAUUGUGUCUCGCGAUGAGACAGUUUCAGUAGAUAAUCUCACGGAGACUUGGAAUGUGGUCGGUAGCUACGACGUUGAAGAGUCCGGAGCGUUAGUUCCUUUCAAUAGCGAUAACGUUCUCUUCCAGGGACAUUUCUGACAAUUUUAAUAAGUAACCUAGGUGUGUAAUUUAAAUAAAGCCGUAUAAAAAGUA